CAGCGUGUCGGUGGCACUGCACCCGCUCGUCAUCCUCAACAUCUCCGACCACUGGAUCCGCAUGCGCUCACAGGAGGGGCGCCCCGUGCAAGUGAUCGGGGCCCUGAUCGGGCGGCAGGAAGGCCGCAACAUCGAGGUGAUGAACUCGUUCGAGCUGCUGUCGCACACGGUGGAGGAGAACGUGGUCAUCGACAAGGAGUACUACUACACCAAGGAGGAGCAGUUCAAGCAGGUCUUCAAGGACAUGGAGUUCCUGGGCUGGUACACAACGGGCGGCCCCCCGGACCAGUCUGACAUCCACGUCCACAAGCAGGUCUGUGAGAUCAUUGAGAGCCCCUUGUUCCUGAAGCUGAACCCCAUGACCAAGCACACGGAUCUGCCUGUCAGUGUCUUCGAAUCCGUCAUAGAUAUCAUCAACGGAGAGGCCACAAUGCUGUUCGCAGAGCUGACCUACACACUGGCCACAGAAGAGGCAGAACGUAUCGGCGUGGACCACGUUGCCCGCAUGACAGCCACGGGCAGCGGGGAAAACUCAACUGUGGCCGAACACUUGAUUGCCCAGCACAGUGCCAUCAAGAUGCUGCACAGUCGUGUGCGCCUCAUCCUUGAGUAUGUCAAGGCUUCAGAGGCAAGUGAGGUACCCUUCAACCAUGAGAUCCUGCGCGAGGCCUACGCUCUGUGUCACUGCCUGCCCGUGCUCAGCACUGACAAGUUCAAGACUGACUUCUACGACCAAUGCAAUGAUGUGGGGCUUAUGGCCUACCUCGGCACCAUCACGAAGACCUGCAACACCAUGAACCAGUUUGUCAACAAAUUCAAUGUCCUCUACGACCGUCAGGGAAUUGGGCGCCGCAUGCGCGGCCUCUUCUUCUGACCAACUCCUGCACCCCCCUCAAUAAAUCCCCGCUGGAGA